AAGGUAAUUGAAAACCAACCUUAAGCUCCUUUUAUCUCCGCUCUAAAAGUGACCCCGAUUAUUGCUGACUUAAGCAUCGGAGUGUCUACUCCGAAACCCACCUCGAGGCUUUGCAGGUCAAUCUGGAGUGUAGAUACGGACUGAAGAAGGACUUCUGAUUUGGUGCAAUUACAUUUGGCGUCGUCUGUGGGAAUCCGAACUGAAAGCUCCCUUGUGGCUCUUAUCAUGGUUAAUACUCGAUUGGUCCGAGUUGGAAACUCAUCUCAGCCUCUUGGACGAGGUCAGGUCCCCAGCAACCUUCCACCUCACCUCCCACCUCCAAUCCCAAAUAUAUUCCCUCCUGUUGACCAUGCAGAAGGAGGAGAUGAAAAUCAACCACACAACUCAGCUCACAACUCAGCUUCCACUGCCAACCAAGACGUAGUCGCAGCUCAACUUGCUGCCAUGCAACAACAAUUUGGUGUCUUUCAACCAACGCUGUCUCAGCUCUUAGCUCGGAACAACCCUGGUAAUCCCCUCAUCAAUCUACUUAACCCUGUUCCACAACCCCCAGCUCCACAACAAAACCCUGAACUAGUUCAGCAUGCUCCUGCUUUUAAUAGCUUAGAAAAGCUAGUAGCUGAACAGAGAGAUGCCCCACCUCCACACCAUGCUACUGACUCCAUACCCCACCCUCUGAACACCAACAUCACACUGGAACCCUAUCCUGCUGGCUUCAAAAUACCUCAGCUUGAGACUUAUGAUAGGACGAAGGAUCCCGAUGAUCACCUACAUGCUUUCUACUCUUACAUGCAAGCUCAGAACGCCUUUGACGCGUUGAUGUGCAAAAUUUUUCCCUCUACUCUUCGAGGUAAUGCUCAAACCUGGUAUUACAGUCUACCUCUAAGGUCAAUCAGCUCUUAUACAGAAAUGGCAUCUGCUUUUGCCACAAAGUUUUCCAGUAGAAGAUUGAUAAAGAAAACUACUUCUGAGUUGAUGCAAAUUAAACAGAGGGAUGGAGAAUCAUUGAAGAAUUAUAUGAGCAGAUUCAAUGAUGCAAUAUUGGAGGUUAGCUCAUUUGACCAGGCUGUGGGGAUCGCAGCUAUGAUCUCAAGUCUUAACCAUGAGAGAUUCAGAGAUAAUUUGAUCAAACACCCUGCCACCACCUUUAGCGAGGUCAAUGAUAGGCCGAACUCAGCACCUCCACAACAGUCUGCAGUUGUUACACCCCACAAUGAUCCUUUAGUCACUUCUGUCAUGAUUAACAACUGUGAUGUACAACGUGUCCUUGUUAACACCGAGAGUGCACUAGACAUCAUGUACUUCCACUGUUUUGAGAGUCUUGGACUGGAUCCAGCAUUGUUGCAGAGAUAUGAUGGUCUCAUCUAUGGUUUCAACAACCAGCCAAUUCAGGUAGAAGGAGUUCUUACCCUCUAUGUUGCUUUUGGGAGUGGCCGAACCUAUGUGACUCCUUCAGUCCGGUUUCUAGUAGUCAAGAUGGCAUCUUCUUUCAACGUUGUUAUUGGCCGACCCACACUGACUGAAAUUCGAGCUGUGGAGGUGGCUAGAUAUUGCUAUAUCACCUCAGUAACACAACCUAAGAAGGGCAAAGAUCAGACACCCGAGGCCAUCCCCCAACGGAUUCCUGAUAAUCAGCAAGUCAUGGGAGUUGAGAUAGUAGACAACCGACCUGAAGAUGAAACCAGAGCUACUCUAGUUGAGGAUGUUGAAGAGGAGUUCCACCUUCAGUAUCCCAAACAUAAGCUCAGCACCAAUCCAUUGAAGAAACCAGUGACCCAGAAGCGACGUCUCUUUGGGGGGGAGAGACUUAAGGUCAUAAAAGAAGAGGUAGAGAAGCUUUUACAAGCUAGUUUUGUCAGAAAAGUUAAUUAUUGCGAAUGGGUGGCUAACCUAGUAUUGGUAAAAAAAGCAAAUGGUAAAUGGCAAAUGUACAUCGACUACACAAAUCUUAACCAAGCUUGCCCCAAGGAUUGCUAUCCGAUGCCGAGCAUUGACAAAUUGGUUGAAGCAGCUUCAGGCAAUGAGAGAUUAAGUCUUUUGGAUGCAUAUUCUAGGAAUCUGGAGGUUUAUAUCGAUGAUAUUGUGGUAAAGAGCCUGAAAGCAGAAGACCAUCUAGCUGACCUCGAUGAAACUUUCAAUAAUCUCAAGAAGAACAGAAUGCGGUUAAACCCAGCCAAAUGCACCUUCGGCAUGGAGUCUGGAAAAUUUCUAGGUUUCAUGGUUUCUCGGAGAAGGAUUGAGGUCAAUCCAGAGAAGAUCAGAGCAAUUGCCGAGAUGGAACCGCCGAAGUCAGUGAAAGAUAUACAGAGGUUGACUAGAAGGGUGGCAGCUUUUCAUCGGUUCAUAUCAAAGUCAGCAGAUAAAUGCCUGCUAUUUUUCAAAAUUAUGAGGUCAGCCGCCCAAAAGGAUGAAUCGGGUAAACAGAAGAAGUUUGAAUGGAAUCAGGCAUGCCAAGCCGCAUUCAAAGAGCUGAAGUCUUAUCUUAGCUCACCACCUCUACUAACUAAGGCUAUAGAUGGAGAGAUUCUCUAUUUGUAUCUAGGAAUUUCAGAUGAAGCCACUAGUUUGGUUCUGGAAGCUGAGGCCAUAUUUCUAGUCACACCGAAUCAUUGUCUUCACAGACCAACCUCUUCGACAGAUUCUGCAGAAGCUAGAGUGCUCCGGAAGAUUAAGUGGGCAGUAGAAUUGGGGGAAUUCGAGAUAACAUUUCAGCAGAGAUCUGCAAUCCGAGCUCAAGCACUGGGUUUAGGAGCUGGUGCUCUCUUGAUUGGUCCAGAUGGAUACCGAAGUGAACAAACCCUGAAAUUUAACUUUGAUGCAACAAACAACAUAGUUGAGUAUGAAGCUCUGCUACUUGGUCUACAACGAGCAUUGGAGUUGAAAAUCAGCGCAAUCCAAGUGUACAGUGACUCCCAGCUGGUGGUGAAUCAAAUCAACUCAAUCUGCGAAGUCGUCAAUCCUGUGAUGGUGAAAUAUGUAACCUUAGUGGCCGAGCUGAAGUGCAAAUUUCAGAAAUUCUGUCUGAGCAAAAUUCCCCGAACUGAGAAUGAACAAGCAAAUUCACUCUCUAAGUUUGCCUCUGAUAGCUCUUUAAGUUCCAAAUCAGUUUUUGUGGAGGUCUUAGAUGAACCAAGCUUCAUGAAGCCACGGAUGAUGGAGAUUAGCACAGACCCAAACACGCCGAGCUGGACUGACUCAAUUAUCUCCUUUUUACGAGACGGGAUAGUACCUGAGGACAAGCAGGAGGCAAUGAAGUUGAGGAAGAAAGCAUCUCGGUAUACACUUGUUGAUGGGGUCCUCUAUAAAAGAUCUUUCUCACUCCCUCUUCUACGAUGCUUGAAUCCCUAUGAAGUGGAAUACGCACUUUGGGAGGUGCAUGAAGGUGUCUGCGAAAGUCACAUAGGUGCUCGAACUUUGGCUCAUAAAGUCCUUAAACAAGAAGAGUUCACUACUUUGAUAGCACCUUGGCCAUUUGCUCAGUGGGGAUUUGACCUUCUAGGUCCAUUUCUGAAGGGGGUAAAAGGUGUAACCCAUCUGAUUGUUGGUGUGGAUUAUUUUACAAAAUUGGUUGAAGUUCGGCCAUUAUCUAGCCUUACCUCCAAGAAGAUCGAAGACUUUGUGUUUAGCUCAAUCAUUUGCAGAUAUGGGAUCCCAAACCAGAUUGUGGCUGAUAAUAGAACUCAGUUCAAUUGCUCCUCAUUUAGAGAUUUCUACUCCAGUUAUGGGAUCAAGUUGCAGUUCACCUCGGUGUACCAUCCAAAAUCUAAUGGGAUGGUAGAAUCUGUCAACAAAGUUAUACUCAAAGGUAUAAAACCAAGGUUAGAGCUGCAUAAAGCUAGGGAGGAAGCACGACUUCGAAGUCUAGUUUACAAGCAGAAAAUAGCAAACUUCUACAACAAACGAGUUCGGCCCCGAGCAUUCAAAGUAGGAGACCUUAUUCUCAGGAAAGCUGGUUUAACGGGGUUCGAAACUCGAUUCGGAAAGUUAGCACCAAACUGGGAAGGCCUCUACACUGUAGCCGAAAUGCCGCACCCAGGUGCUUACAUCCUAUGGGACACUGAAGGCAAAAAAGUUCCCAAAGUCUGGAAUGUCAAUAACUUGAAGAAAUUUUACCCUUAAUACACUUUUUUCCAGUGAACUUUGUCUUAUUUUUAUAAGCCUUAUUAUUUUCUCCCUUUCUGCUCAAUGUACAUACAAGCUCAAUGCAUUUAUCUCAUUAAUGAAUUCACUUCACAUUC